AUGCCUGGAUGCAGCACCAUGUUGGAUGACCCAGUUCCUGAAACAAACAUCAGAGUAGAUGAAACAACUUUCUGGAACAAGCAGUGUUAUGCCCAAGUCCCUGAAACAAUCACCAUAGUAGAUGACCCCGUUCCUAAAACAAGCACCAUAAUAGAUGACUCCAUUCCUGAAACAAGCACCAUAGUAGAUGAUCCUGUUCCUGAUACAAGCACCAUAAUAGAAGCCCCAGUUCCUGAAACAAGCACCAUUGUAGCUGACCCUGUUCCUGAAACAAGCACCAUUGUAGAUGACCCUGCUCCUGAAACAAGCACCAUUGUAGCUGACCCUGUUCCUGAAACAAGCACCAUAGUAGAUGAUCCUGUUCCUGAUACAAGCACCAUAAUAGAAGCCCCAGUUCCUGAAACAAGCACCAUUGUAGCUGACCCUGUUCCUGAAACAAGCACCAUUGUAGAUGACCCUGCUCCUGAAACAAGCACCAUUGUAGAUGACCCUGUUCCUGAAACAAACACCAUAGUAGAUGACCCUGUUCCUGAUACAAGCAACAUAAUAGAAGCCCCAGUUCCUGAAACAAGCACCAUAAUAGAUGCCCUGGUUACUGAAACACGCACUAUUGUAGAUGACCCCUUUCCUGAAACAAGUACCAUACGAGAUGACCCCGCUCCCGAAACAAUCACCAUAUUAGAUGCCUCAGAUCCUGAAACAAUUACCAUUGUAGAUGACCCUGUUCAUGAUACAAGCACUAUGAUAGAUGCCCCAGUUCCUGAAACAGGCAUCAUACGAGAUGACCCCGCUCCCGAAACAAUCACCAUAUUAGAUGCCCCAGAUCCUGAAACAAUUACCAUUGUAGAUGACCCUGUUCAUGAUACAAGCACCAUAAUAUAUGACCCAGUUCCCGAAACAGGCAUCAUAAUAGAUGACCCUGUUCCUAAAACAAGCACCACAGCAGAUGACCCUGUUCCUGAAACAAUUCCUGAAAUAAUCACCGAAGUUGAGGUUCCUGAAGCAAACAGUGUGGUGGAUGACCACAUGCUGGAUGCUGUCCAGACUCCAGACGUGCAACCAUUGUGA